GCGCCUUGCGCCAAGAUCAGUAAGCGCCGAGCGUGCAUUGGGGACGUAUGAUCAGCGAAGCCAGUGUGACGCCGAGGAACGGUUUCAUCGACAGGAAGAUCGCGCAAGGGAAGCGCUGACAUGCAGGUUGGAAAGUGAUAUGCAGGAAAUGUGCAGGGAUGGAAUGUUUGACGGAAGGUGUGAAGUGCACAAGGAUUGGAAUUGUCCCCACGACCCCACAGUUGCCUCGCUCAACGCUGCGCUAGCCGACCACCACGACCAAACUACGACACGACAUCAUGUCAAAAUCCGAGCAAAUCGAGAUCGAGGAGUAUGACGAGGCUGGCAAUGUGGUGACUACGUACAUAGCGUCAGGCGAAUCACGUGUUGAUGUUGUCCUUCCAAGAGAGACGAAGAGCUACGCUCAACAGCUGCUUGAUGUCUUUCUACCCGCGGGAUACCCACACAGUGUGACGGAGGACUACAUUCAAUACCAGAUCUAUGACUCACUGCAAGCCUUCUCAUCAUCGAUAGCCGGCCUCUUGGCCUCAAGAGCCGUACUCGAAGGCGUCGGCGUAGGCGACUCAACAGCCUCACCUACCAGCGCCCUGCUGCUCUCUAUUCUACAAGAGUCAAUGGGUCGACUCGCUACCAUCAUGUUCGCACACCGUCUGGGAACAUCUCUGGAACCUGAAUGUAAAAUGUACCGUCUUGCAGCUGACAUAUUCAACGACACCGCUAUGAUCCUGGACUGCCUAUCUCCGGCUUUCCCAAAGCCCGCACGUGUCGUGGUACUCAGCUUCUCCAGCUGCCUCAGAGCGCUCUGCGGAGUGUGUGCUGGCUCCGCGAAGGCGAGCCUGAGUGCGCAUUUUGCCAAGAGAGGGAAUCUAGGCGAGUUGAACGCAAAGGACUCCAGCCAAGAGACUGUCAUCAGUCUGUUGGGUAUGCUUGCGGGCAGUUUGGUGGUGAGUUGGGUGACGACACCAAUGGCGACAUGGGCUACGCUCAUUGCACUGCUGUCAGUGCAUUUGGCGAUGAAUUAUGCUGCGGUGAAAGCUGUGAGCAUGACCAACCUAAACAGACAGCGCGCGAACAUCGUCUUCAGUCACCUCCUAGACGCCAAGGAGCCGCGAGUCUUAAGCCCAAAGGAGGUGUCGGAGCAAGAGCGUGUCUUUGAGAGAGACGGCGUCUUACGAUAUGGAAACGAAAUCAUUGGACAUUGCAGGAUAGGUAUCAGUCUGCAGUCGCUAUUUGGUGGUAUGAGCCUCGCCGGCAGUACAAAAGCAGGAGCUUUCAAGGACUUGCCCAUCAAGCUGCCGGACUUCCUCGAAAUCUUUGAACGUGAAGGUUACAUUUUAUGGCACAACAACAUUCAAACGCGAGAGGUUUUGAUUGUUCUGAAGAAGGGUUGCACAGCGAUUGAUCAUCUCAAAGCAUGGGUCCAUGCACUGAUGCUCGUAAGGAUGCGGAGUCAGGCUCCUUCGUCCUUUCGUGGACCCGAGGACGAGGCUCUGAACGCACAACGGCUCGUGGAGCUUCUGCACACCCUGCGGCAGAGCAAGGAGCUAUUCAACAAAUACACCCCAGCAUUGAGAAGUGCAGGAUGGGAUCUCGACACCGCCGCACUCGAAACACAAGCAGGCGUCCGCGCCCUAAUCGACAGAUCGCAAGAUUCGUCCGGAACGUAGGUCCGUAGCAGCAUACGCGCCCCCUUCACCGAUCCUACUGAGCCGUCGACCG